AGAAGAAGAAGAAUUCAAAGGGGCAAAGGUGAGAGGUCGUGAAAAGAAGCUGAAGAAAUGGCGGAUAAAGAUAAGAAAAAGAAGGAGAGUAUAUUUGACCUGUCAAAGUACAUUGAUAAACCAAUCCGGGUGAAAUUCCAAGGUGGACGAGAGGCUAGUGGAGUUCUAAAGGGUUUUGACCCCCUUCUGAAUCUUGUGUUGGAUGGCACUAUUGAAUAUAUGCGUGACCCCGACGACCAGUUCAAGCUAACGGAGGACACCCGGCAGCUGGGUCUGGUGGUGUGUCGAGGGACGUCUGUGGUCCUCAUCUGUCCACAGGAUGGCAUGGAAGCCAUACCCAACCCCUUCAUCCAGCAACAAGAUGGCUAGAUUAUUCCUAUUUUCCCUCCAAUGACUUCACAAAAUCUCCCAAGGAUCAUUUUCACCAUGUUGGAAGUCUGUUUUACCCCCCAGUGUUGUGUAUUUUGUGUUUGAGAGUGGAAGUUUAGGAGUUUUGUUGACAGAUUUAAAUUUUUGGAAUAGAUGUUUAAGUUGAGAGGGUUUUCAUUUAUGCCUUUAAACAAUCAAUGUUUUUCCAAACUGUUUUUCCUGUGUAGUACUUGUAAAACAAUGUGUUUUCCCCAUUAGUUAAAAGCAUUGAACUACUUGCUGAUUUAUUUUUAACUGUAUCAUGUUUUUACGUUAGCACUAAAUACAUUUACUAUUUUCUUUA